UCCCCCUCUAAAGAAAAACCUGCUCUUAUGGUUUGAAACUCUUCGCCGCCUCUCUUCUCAAAAUUCAAAACUAGGUGGAUGCUACACUGAAAAGUGUGUAAUGGAAAAUAAAGUUCCGACCUACCGGAUUCGAACCAGUGACCUAAGGAUGACAGCAUGGUGUCCCAACUACAGUCCUCCGCUCUACCAACUGAGCUAAGGUCGGCUGUUGAUAAAAAAUGAUCUUAGAACGAUACUCACAAUGAUGGAAGGUUAUCAAUUCUUGCCUAAUUACUUGCUCCCUCAGCAACUCUAUUUUCAUUUUCUGGCUAUUUUUCCUCGAAAAUGGUACAUAUCAGCAUAUCUAAGGUUGUACUCCAGUAAGAUCACAACAUUAAGGAGAUGCUAUUAAGUUGGCAGUUAGGUUCUAGAUAUUUGUUUAGUCUUCAAAAAAUUAUUUAAGUGGAUGGCGACUGUCCCCCGACACUCUAACUUCAACCAUGUUGUAAUCCUGAUUCUGAACUAAGCAUAAUUUCUUAGUUCAUAGCCCCUAUUAGAAUUACAAUAGUCAGACAAAUAGUCAUUAGUGGCGCUAUCGCGCCAUAGCCGAGCGGAGGCCGACCGCUACGGGAAGAGCUUUAGCGGUGUAGAACACUAUAUCUACACUAUAGCCACUAUAGCGGCUGCUAUAGGGUAAAUAGCGGGAUGGUGGUGCAGAGUGGUUUUCGGUCCAGAGCGAUUUCUGUUCCGCUAUCCUUUCACCUCAUGAAAAACUGAAAUUACCCCUUAAUUUACAAGGUUUUAAGGAUAAUUUCGGAUUUUGAAAUCAAAUUUGAGUUGAGACUCAACCUUAACCUUCCUUUAUAGAAUUGUUUAUGCACUUCAAGAAUCACUUGUGUUUUUAUUUAUGAAUAUUUUAUGAGUUAGAUAUUUGAUAAAUUUAACAUUAACUAUAUGUUUAUAAUUAUUAUAUAUGUAAUUUGUUCAAAAAUGAUCAAAUAUAGCUUUGUUCCCACUAUACGGUAUUAUGCUAUCCCACUUUUAGGGCCGGCCGCUCCGCUCCGCCCCGCAAUCGAGAAUGACUACUAUGAGACAAACAAGGAACAGAAAAUAAGGUGGUGAUUUCAUACAUUUUGCAUUCUUCAUUGUGAUUUUAAGGAUAAAUCUAAACACACACAAAAAAAGCCAUGUCCUCCCUCCUAAACUCCCAAAUAGGCACUUUAGUGUUAGUAUGCAUUAGGAAUAUUUUGCUGUUUCUCUUUUUAAUCAUCCUGCUAGUACUAUGCAUGCGUAAUUAGAGCAGAUAUUUCGAUAUAAUACAUAUUUAAGUCUUUGUUUCCUCACAGGGCUUAAGAUGGGGUACUUCUCUUUUUCUUUUCUUGUUGUUAAUAUACUUUAAUUAGGAUCUUUGACACCUAGUAGGUGUCACAAGGUAUCUCUAUGGCUAUGGCCUUUGAGUCUGCGAUGAUAUUAAUAUUCGAAUCCGUAACAAGAUGUCUGUUUUGUUUUUACCAUGACUAGACUACCUCUCAAAUGACUACUCCAGAAAUCUAGCUAGAGUUCUUUUUUAGAAUGAGAGUCGUGUUGCGACCUUUGUCAACAUUGUCGUAUUUUAUCUUUCAGUACCCUUAUUAUUAUACUACAUAAAAGAUUAUAUCAUUUCAAAUAAUUAAGAUAUCAGUAUUCGAGGUUGUAGAACGUGCCAAGCAAGAAAGCACUGCUUAAUUCCUAUUACUUAAUCCUUACAAGGACCACACAUGCCACUUCUCUCGUAGACUGUGUUCACAGCAUGUGCCAAGCAAGAGUGGCAAUAUUAUAGAGUACUCCACACUUUUGUUUUAGACCAAUUUAUUACUUUGUUGCAUUUACAAAUCAAUCUCUAACUUCCUCUCUUCCUGUCUAAUCUAAUCUUCUCGAUCUUGAUCAUGGCGCUGGUUGCUGUUGGUGAAGCAUUUCUCUCCGCUUUCACUGAAGUCGUCCUUGACAGGCUAGCUUCUCCUCAGGUUGUUGACUUCAUCCGUGGAAAGAAAAUUGACGUCAAUUUGGUUCGACGAUUAAAGAAUACUCUUUAUGCUGUUGAAGCUGUGCUUAGCGAUGCUGAACAGAAGCAGAUUCAUGACUCUGCUGUUAACAACUGGCUUGAUGAUCUCAAAGAUGCUCUCUAUCUUGCUGAUGACAUUCUCGACCACAUCUCUACCAAGGCUGCUCUUUCCAAGAAGAAGAAUCAGGUGAGUACUGCUAAUUACUUCUCUCACCUUUUCAACUUUGAAGAAAGGGAUAUGGUUCGUAAGCUGGAAGAUAUAGUUGCCAGACUUGAAUCCAUUCUCAAACUUAAAGAUAUUCUUGGUCUUCAACUUAUUGCAACUCAUCACUCAUCCUGGAGAACUCCAUCAACCUCUUUAGAAGACAGAUCUGUCAUUUUUGGUAGGGAUCAAGACAAACAGGCCAUACUCAAAUUAAUCUUACAUGAUGAUGAUAACACUGCUGUCAUCCCCAUUGUUGGCAUGGGUGGCCUUGGAAAAACAACUUUAGCCCAAUUUGUGUACAACCAUGACAGUAUAAAGAGCAAGUUUGAUGUUCAAGCAUGGGUUUGUGUUUCUGAUGAUUUCGAUGUUUUGAAGGUUACCAAGUUCAUCGCGGAGGAAGUGGAAAGUGCUUGUAACACAAAUAACUUGAAUAUCCUUCAUCGAGAUUUGAAGGAAAAGCUGACCGGAAAGAGGUUCUUGAUUGUUUUGGAUGAUGUCUGGACCGAGGAUUACGACUCUUGGAAUUAUCUUUUAAAGCCUCUUCAGUAUGGAACUAUGGGAAGUAAAAUUCUCGUAACUACCCGUAUUGAAAAAGUUGCUUCGAUGGUCCAAACUAUUCAACCUUACUCUCUUCAGCAAUUGUCUGAUGAAGAUUGUUGGUCUGUGUUUGCAAACAAUGCUUGCCUUUCUUCAGUUGAAUCCAGUGAGGAUAUGGAUCUCCAAAAAAUUGGCAAAGAGAUUGUUAGGAAAUGUAAGGGAUUGCCUUUAGCUGCACAGUCACUUGGGCGCUUGUUGCGAGAAAAACGUGAUAUCAGGGAUUGGAAUAGUAUACUGAAUAAUAAUAUUUGGGAGAAUAAGAGUAAGAUCAUUCCAGCAUUGAGAAUUAGUUAUCAUUAUCUCCCUCCGUAUUUAAAACGUUGCUUUGUAUAUUGUUCAUUGUUUCCCAAGGAUUAUAAAUUUGAUAGAGAUGAGUUGAUCUUGUUGUGGAUGGCGGAGGAUCUUUUACAUCCAUCGGAAAAUAACAAGACUUUAGAAGAAGUUGGUUAUGGGUAUUUUAAUGACUUAGUUUCCAAAUCAUUUUUUCAACAUUCUGACAAUGGGAACUUCAACCAACAUUUUGUAAUGCAUGAUCUUGUGCAUGAUUUGGCAACAUGGCUUGGUGGAGAAUUCUAUUUUAGAACAGAAGUAAUUGGGAAAGAUACGAAGAUUAGUAUCAAGACUCGUCAUUUGUCAUUUUCCAAGUUCAGUGAUUCAAUCUCAACAAACUUUGAUAUUUUUGGCAGAAUAAAAUGUCUAAGAACAAUCUCGCCAAUCUAUUUAUGGAAUGAUCAAUUCAACAAAGAAAAAGCGUCAUGCUUCAUUUUGUCAAAUUUGAAGUACUUGAGAGUUUUGAAAUUUGGCAACUUUGAAGGUCUUAAUGCAUUUCUUGAUUCAAUAGAUGAACUAAUCCAUUUGCGUUAUUUGGAUCUGUCUUACACAUCUAUAAAAAUGUUACCUGAGUCAUUAUGUAACCUGUAUAAUCUACAAACGUUAAAGUUGCACCACUGUAACAGUCUAACAAGGCUUCCCGAUGACGUGCAAAAUCUUGUAAAUUUGCGCCAUCUGGAAAUUCGGGGAACUAGUUUAGAAGAGAUGCCUAGAGAAAUGAGCAAAUUGAUUAAUUUGCAACAUUUGGGUUGCUUUAUUGUGGGAACGCAGGAAGAGAAAGGGAUCAAGGAAUUGAGAACACUUUCGAAUCUUCACGGAUCACUUUCCCUUAGGAAGUUAGAGAACGUGACCAACAACUUUGAAGCAUCACAGGCAAAAAUGAUGGAUAAAAAGUACCUUGAUAAUUUAUCGUUUGUAUGGUCUGAAGAUGCAAAGAACCAUUUUACAAGUUCACAAAGUGAGAUGGAUAUACUUGGAAAGUUACAACCUUCCAUGAACCUGAAAAGGCUAGAUAUUCAUGGAUACAGGGGAACACUAUUUCCAGAAUGGGUUGGACAUCCUUCCUACCAAAAUUUGUCUAAGGUAUUUCUGUCUGAUUGUUUGAAUUGUUGUAUCCUUCCAUCACUUGGACAAUUAUACUCUCUCAAGGACUUGACAAUCAGUGAAAUGAAUAUGCUGGAGACUAUUGGAUCUGAAUAUGAUGAUACCUUUUCAGGGACAUACUUUCCUUCCCUUGAAUAUCUGCAGUUUGUCAAGAUGUCAUGUUGGAAAGUGUGGCAUCAUCCUCCUGAGUCAAAUGCUUAUUUUCCAGUAUUGAAGUCUAUUGUGAUUAAUGAUUGUCCCAUAUUACAUGGGGAUUUGCCAUCUUACCUUCCUGCUUUGGAAACAAUUCAUAUUGAAGGAUGCAACCAGCUUGUUUCUUCUCUCCCAAGGGCUCCUGCCAUCUGCAAUUUAUCCAUAUUUGAAAGAAAUAAAGUAGCCUUGAAUGAGCUACCCCUUUCAUUGGAACAGAUAUUUGUUGGAGGAAGAGAGGUGACAGAGUCUGUCUUUGAAGCCAUUGCCAACACCCCACCAAUUUCUCUUAAAAUGUUAGUCAUCAAGGAUUGUUCUUCUACGAUAUCGUUUCCAAGAGAUUGUUUACCCUUAUCCUUAGAGAGUUUGUCCAUCACUAAUUCUAGUAAUCUAGAUUUCCCAAAGCAAAAUCACGGCCAUGAGUCACUUAAGUAUCUUCGUAUAGAUAAGAGUUGUGAUUCUCUCAUAACUCUCCCACUGGACACCCUUCCUAACCUCCAUAAUCUGCAUAUCAUCAACUGUGAAAACAUAGAAUGUCUUUCCGUUUCAAAGGUUCUUCAAAAUCUCAUUGAUAUUAAAAUUCGUAACUGCCCCAAAUUUGUAUCAUUCCCAAAAGAAGGACUGUCUGCACCCAACUUGACAUCAUUGUAUGUCUCCAAGUGUGCCAAUUUAAAAUCACUGCCUUGUCACAUAAAUACUCUUCUCCCAAAGUUAGAAAGAGUGAGUAUGCUUGAUUGUCCAAAAUUGGAGAUGUUUCCUGAAGGGGGUAUGCCGCCUAGCUUUAGAACAAUUUUGAUUGGGAAUUGCGAAAAAUUACUGACGAGCUCAUCUCUAACUUCAAUGAACAUGCUUACCAGUCUUUCCAUUCAUGGUCCAUGUGAUGGUGUCGAGUACUUUCCAAAGAAGGGUUAUGCAUUGCUGCCUCCCUCCCUUACCUACCUGCAUAUAUUUAACCAUUCAAGUUUGCACACGUUGGAUUGCACGGGGCUUCUCCACCUCACUUCCCUGCAAACAUUUACAACUUUUUGCUGUCCCAAGCUGGAGAAUAUAGUGGGAGAAAGGCUGCCUGCCUCUUUAAUAGAACUUAAUAUCUCUGCAUGUCCUUUGCUGAAAGAACAACACCGCAUGAAAUACCCUCAAAUUUCCCACAUCCCUGGCAUUAAAGUUAACGGAAAAUGGAUUUAGUAAGCUUGAAGUUGGUUUGCCGUAUGUUGUUCAUGGUCAUAUGGACGCUUCCAUCAAUUAAACUGCAGAAUCAAAGCAAGCAUUUUAUUUAACAAUUUCAGACAUUAUGGCGGCUUACUCCCAUGUUGAUUAUGCAUGGAAUACCAAUCAAUCUUGGCUUUGGUUUGUACAAAUGAGAUCCAUUACAGAAAUUUUUUUGCUGCCAUUAUUACUCCGCAAUUCGUUGACUUUGAUUGGAGUUAACAAUGAAAUAGAAUAGAGUGAUGUUGUGCUGAUUCGAUGAAGGAGCGGAGCAGAUUAAUGUUGUAGCAAGGAAAUGGAAAUCCAAUUCUUACUGCUAUCUUACUGCCGAAACCGUCACACAAAAAUUGAUUGGAAAAUUUGAUUAAACAGUAAAAGUGUUUUGUAAGGUAAUGCCUGGUUUCUGUUAUUUACUGAACGAAUUAUAAUGUCGGUGUAGAGGAUGUUAGUAGCAGAAGUUUUUCAAACAAAUUAGGCAUCAUUGAUAACAACUUACAAUUUUGAGUAAUGGUUUUGUUUAUGCUAAAUCUAUUUCCAUAAACAUCAUCAUGUGUUUUUCUUAUUCUUUAGUCCCUUGUUAGUAUUGCAUUUUAACUUGGUAUCUUUAAUUGAAUUUCCAAAUAAAUAAUAAAUGUUGACAUAGAGAAAUUGUAACAUGACGAAAAGCAUUAAAAUCAUGUUAAAAGUGUAAAAGCUUGCCAGAUCCUACGCAGCCCUGUCAGUGUCUCCUUUGUUCUCGAACUAUCGUGACAGGAUAACUCAGUCGACCUAUUGUAGCUGUUCCUGAGUGAAAAACCAGUCGUAUCCUUCCACCACACAAAAUUAUCCUGCAAAUCAGUUUUGGGGAGAUGGAUUGCAGAAUUGUCGAUUGUUCACACCAUUGCUUGUCUUCCUCUUCAUUUAACUCUUCUUUGAGUCAAUCGAUACCAAGUCCAGGAAGACUCACGCAUCUCAACCAAAGAAGUCGCACUGCUAUCAGGAUCGGCCACGAAUAAUCCCAGAAUACAUUGUCGCAAGCUUUUUCGAAGUCUACAUUAACCACCAAGCAAUCCUUUUUCUGCCUCUUAGCAUAAAUCCAAAAUUUCGUUUAAAAUCUCAAUUCCAUCAAACAUCUGCCUCUUGGCUAGAAAAGCAGAUUGACAACUGGGUAUAGAUUGUUAGGAAAUGUAAGGGAGUGCCUUUAGCAGAACAAUCACUUGGAGGCUUAUUGAAACACUGCUUUGUUAAUUGUUUAUUGUAUCCUAAGGGCAGUUAACUCCCUUUUCGAUUGUGCUGGAAAUAUUGAUCAUGCUGUCUUUGGACGCUUUCCAUAGGAGGUAGUUUUUAGCUUACUGUCCUAUAUUGUUUCUUUAAGUGGAAAUUCUGUCACCUCUUGAUGGAGAGAAUCAAUGUUGGUUUUUGAAGACCGUAAGAGACAGUGCCUUAGCACUGUUAUAUGCCUGAGUAUGUGCUUCACAUUCUGCUUGCAAAAGUUACUCAAUAACUUGCAUGCUAUUUCUCAUCUGAAUUCCUUCUUUCUCCAAAAGUGUAUAAAAUCUGCUUGUUUUCAUUGCUGCACAACCUGUUACUUACCUUCAUGGAACCUUGUACUGUUUCCCUGACAUUUAAUGAUCAAAUGUGGCUUGCUGCAUUGAAAGUUGAAUAUGCAGGUCUUGAAAAUAAUGACACUUGGACUUUAGUUGAGUCUCUUAAUCACUUGAAAUCUAUAGGGUGCAGAUGAGUGUUUAGGGUUAAGGGGAACCCUGCAGGUAGACGUAGUAUUAAUAACAACUACAAAGCUAGGCUUGUAGUUAAGGGUUUCCAUCAAAAAGUUGGUCAGACUAUCUAUAAACAUUUUCUCCGAUUGUGAAACCUAUGAUAGUUUGUACUAUUCUCACUAUUGUUGUCACCCAACAGUUGGUCAAUUAAGCAAAUUGAUGUCAAUAAUGCUUUCUGGAAUCGUCGUCUUGAAAAAGAAGUGUAUAUGCAACAACCUCCUAACCUUGAGAGUAGUAAUAAAGCCUUAGUAUGCAUGUUGAGCGAGGCUCUUUAAUUAUGGCCUCAAAUAAACUCCAAAAUCUUGGUCUGAAAGGCUUAAAAUUGCUCUUAUGCAACAUGGUUUUAGUGCAAGUAAAUGUUGAUGAUAUUUUAAAGGAGUUGAUUUUGUAUUUUCUCUCCUAUAAAAGGAGCACUCUUUUCUUUAUAAUAAUAUGACAGAAAAUUAUCACCCAUAUUCAAGGCUAGAGUGAUACUUAAAGCUUUCCCUGACGACCCGUUUUUUAUCUGACCCGACCGAUCCAAACUAUGGUGGACCCUACCCAAACACCACCUCCUAUCAGAGGUUGCGGCGGUGCCAACAAUAAUUCUGGCGCCGACAACAAUAAUUCCGGCUGCGGCGGCACCAACAACAAUUCCGGCGACACCAACAAUAAUUCCGGCAGAGGAAGUGGAUUUACCAUGCCAAAAAUGCCCAGUUUCAUGACAAACAACAAUUUUAAGGAUGGAUUCCUUUAUGGAAGAGGUGAUCCCAACAAUUUUUUUGGUUCCGGUUAUGGCUACCCAUUUGAUGGUGGUUACAGUAACUCAGGAGGUGGAGGUCAAAAUAACUCCCUUCAAGUUAAUGUUCAGAAACUGGAUGGUUCAAACUACGCUGGAUGGUCCCAAACUGUUCGACUUAUUCUAGAAGGCAAAGGGGAGUUUGUUUUUCUUACAAGUGAUGUUCUGGUGCCCGCAGCAACACAUCCGAAUUACAGGUUCUGGAAAUCUGAAAACUCUUCUAUUAUUGCCUGGCUUAUUAAUAGUAUGGAGGUAGGUAUGAGAAAAACAUACAUGUAUAUCUGCCUACAACAAAAGAUGUUUGAGAUGCUGUUAAACUGUCCUACUCUGAUAUUAAAUUUUCUUUCUCAAAUUUAUGAUCUAAAAUCAAAGUUAUGAAAUUUAAAGCAGAAUGACACGGAUGUCACUACCUACUAUAGUGAAUUGAUGGCCCUUUCGCAAGAGUUGGAUCAGUGCUAUGAUUAUAGUUCGAGGUGUACUGAAGACAGUGUUCAAUUUAUUAAGACGCAGGAGAACGAUCGUGUCUUUAUUUUUCUUGCUGGUCUCAAUAAGGAACUCGAUGAAGUAAGAGGUAGAAUUCUUGGAAAUAAUCCGCUACCAACUAUCCGAGAAACGUUUUUAGAAAUCAGAAGGGAGGAGGCUAGACAAAGAGUGGUGAUGGGAAAGUCAAACUUAGCAACUGAUGGUUCUUCCCUUGUCACCAACAACUCCAAUAAAGACAGCAAGAAAUAUGGUAAACUCUGGUGUGAUCACUGCGAACGUUAUUAUCACACACGUGAGACUUGUUGGAAAAUUCAUGGAAGGCCUCCGACUUCUGAUCAUUCCUCCUCAAAUGCAUUUCGAUUCACUAAGGAACAGCUAGACCAAAGUACAAACUCCUCGAGUCUCAAACACUUUCGUGCUCCAUAGCCCAGAACGAUAACUUCCCAAAAUCAGCCCAUCUUAGUGUCAUUCCUAAUCGUACAUGGAUCGUUGAUUCUGGAGCCACCAAUCAUAUGACCGGUGAAUCCAGUUUAUUUUCUUCAUAUAAACCAUGUGCAGGAAAUUCCAAAAUUAAAAUAGUUGAUGGCCAUCUUUCAGUCGUGGCAAGAAAAGGUUCUAUUGUUUUGUCUCCCUUACUAACCAUCCAAGAUGUGUUACAUGUCCCAAAUUUGUCUUGUGACUUAUUGUCUGUUAGUAAGCUAACCACAAAUAAAAAUUGUCAAGCUCUUUUCUUUGACACUCAUUGUGUAUUUCAGGAUUUGAUCUCAGGGAGGGUGAUUGGCACUACUGAGGAAAGUGGUGGACUCUACUACUUGGAAGAUGAACCAAAAACUAGACAUCAAUUUGGACCAAUAAGUUUUUCUUCUGUUAAAUCUUUUUUUGUUUCAAAUAAUAAGGAUGACAUUAUGUUGUGGCAUUUAAGGUUAGGUUACCCUAGUUUUAAGUAUUUAAGUUCAUUGUUUCCUAAACUUUUUGUUGAACAAGACAUUUCAUCACUUCAAUGUGAGGUUUGUGAGUUUGCUAAACAUCAUCGAAGUUCUUUUCCAAUUCAAUCUUAUAAACCUUAAAAACCUUUUUCAAUGAUUCAUAGUGAUGUUUGGGGACCUAAUCAAACAAGUACUUUAUCCAAUAAAAAAUGGUUUAUCACUUUCACAGAUGAUCAUACUAGACUUUGUUUGGUAUACUUGUUUAAAGAAAAGUCUGAGGUAGGUCAAAUAAUUCAAAACUUUUGUAAAUUGGUGUAGGCACAGUUUAAUAUCCAAAUACAAGUGUUUAGAACUGACAAUGGUACUGAAUUUUUUAAUAAAAUUGUUGGAAAUUUUUCUUGAAAAUGAAAUUGUGCAUCAAAGUUCAUGUGUUAACUCACCCCAACAAAAUGAGAUUGUAGAGAGGAAAAAUUGGCACCUUCUUGAAGUUGUCCGAGCACUACUUUUCUCUACCAAUGUCCCUAAAUAUUAAUGGGGUGAAGCUAUCUUGAUAGUUGCACAUUUAAUAAACCGUAUGCCAUCUCGUGUUUUGAAAUUUCAAACUCCUUUGCAAAGUUUCUUGAAAUAUUUUCCAAUUACUUCAGUUCUAUCUGAUUUACCACUUAAAAUAUUUGGAUGCACAACUUUUGUUCAUAAACACAAGCAUCUGGGUAAA